UGUCAGCGUAGUAGCAUUUGUAGUCGGGCUUUGCGUUAUGCGGACGCAGUUGUCGAGGCUUGGCCAGAAAUGAAAGGAGCACUUCAUUGCCAAAAGGAUUCGUCAACCGACGCACGGUAGCAAAUAACGAGCUCGAGUUGACCUUGUAUUUGAGGAAGGGGAUAGAAAUCUAUAAAUUGUAGUGUUGUUGCCAAUCGGUGGUUAUUUCGCGUCGUCUGUCAUCGUUUCGAGUUGGAAACUGCGUGUUUUAUCCUCUGCACAUACUUAGCUAUUAAAAGUGGUGUUUUUAACCAAUCUGAGUCGCAAAAGUAUACAUUACUCCUUAUUUGUGUCAACCUACUAUUAUCAGGUAUCAUAUUACCUCCCCAGAGGAACUGAAAGUACAUUCAGGAUAUAUCUGGGCGGAUCUGAUCCUGUUUGCAUCGGUCGUGCCUCGAGUUUGCUACAGAUAGCUGGAUUUUGAAGCAGAUUUUUGUUGAAUCCGUUUGAAAGCUCCACAACCGUGGUUCAUUAACCCUAAUUUGCUGUCAUCCUCAACAUCUUUGCUCUUGGAAACACCUGGAAUUUGAAGUGACAUCGAACCCUGAAGAGGAUAAAUCGCGGACAUUGACAGCAUUCUUGAAAAAAGUUGAAAUAUUGCGAUUAUUGCUGGUCCCACCAAGUCACCUUCGACGCCUCUGGUAAUUCGAUCUCAGAUGACAUUACGAAGUCUGGAAAGACAUUUUGUUCAAUGUAUGUGUUUUUGUAGCUAGACUUGGAUUUGUAACUCUUUAAAGGAAGUUCACCAUACCCUUCGGUGUCAUAAUACGUUAAAGAUAUUUUUCUUUGUCGUGAAGAGGAACUGACAUUAAAUUAAACGUGCCUUAACGAACUCGAGUGUUGAGAUUAGGUGAACGAUAUCCUUCCUUGAUUCAAAAGAGGCUGAAGCAAUCAAGGAAUAUUAAUUUGUUCAUACCUCGGAAUUUUUUUACGAACUGAUUGACAUUUUAGAUGAUAAGUUAUGUUAAACAUUGACGAUUUUUGACAAUGAAGUAAUGGUGAUCAGGUUUUUUGAGCUGAGCAACGCGACCGACGUUACGUUAAUCAAUGUAUUAAGAUUAAGUUGCCAUGAUCUUGAGCGUCGUAUACGUCACAAAGGCUUAUUGUUUUGUUCAUGUCAGUCUAUGAGGUCACACCAGGAAAUCAGCAGGUGAGAGAAAUUAUCUGAUUACAAGAUCGCAGACACUGUUUUUUGCUUUGACAUCCAUACAUCCUAUCACUUCUAAAUGUACUUCAGCUUAGUUUGAAAACGUGUUGGGGUUAAAUAUCGCUCAUAAACAAAGAUAAGUCACUGUUUUCGCAUUAUCAAGGCACAAAACAUAAGACGUCAUCAUGAAUGAAACGGACUUCGUCGUCACGGAAGCACCGUACGAUUACGAGAGUCCCCUUCAUUACUCGGAGAGGAUCUUUCUUGCCACGGUGUCGGGUCUGAUUGCCAUCGUCGGUCUCUUAGGAAACGGCCUCGUCAUCGCCGGUGUCGCGCUCUCGAGAAAGCUCCGGACAGCGACUAACGUGUAUGUCGUCAACCUCAGCGUUGCCGAUAUGUUCACCUGUAUUCUCAUGCCAUUCCACGUCAUCGCCGUCUUGAGCACGGAGCGGUACCCGAUCGCCGACUGGACGUGUUCGAUCGCCGCGGCAAGCAGCAUCAUCUCAUCUGGAUGCAGUAUUUUUACCCUGGCUGCGAUUGCCUUAAAUCGUCUAUUCCUCGUCACUCAGCCUAGUCACCGCUACCGUAGCUUCUAUCGAACCCGCAACCUUGUCUUCACGACACUCCUGACCUGGAUCGUGCCGACAGUCUUCACUGUCUUCCCGCCUAUGUUCUCCAUCGGUGAGAUCGGGUUCGAUGAGAAGUACACCCGCUGCGGACCAAAGCACACCGACAACGCCAACGCCAACAUCUACGACAUGAUGCUUGCCACCAUCUUCUACCCCGGUCCUCUCGUCAUCAUCGUCGUCUGCUACGUGAAAAUCUUCGCCUACGUGCGACGUCACAUGAAAUCGAUGUCAUCAACGGAACCAUCGUCGUCAUCCUUUCCGCCUAAGACGCCAUCCGACACCGUUGCGACGUCGCCGCCCAUGUCGCGUACGUCGGAAUCGGCGGAGAAGGGUGAUAAGUAUUUCCAGGACUUAAACAGGAAGCAAACCAAGCAACAUUUUAGCAGACGACAGAUUGAGAUCACGAGAAAUUUGUUUUAUGUCGUGAUCGCUUUCUUCCUGUGCCUGACGCCGUACAGCGUCUCGUUGAUGAUACCAGGGAGUGACCACCUGGUGCCUUAUGCUGGAGCUAUAUACCUCCUAGGGAGUUGUGUGAACCCAUUCAUCUAUGCGACCAAACAUCCGCACUUUAAAAAUGUCCUCCGUUGCAUCAUCCAGUGUCGCUUUGCGGACAUCGACCAACCUGCUAAAUUUCUUCGCAGGAUCAUCUCCAACAAACAGAUGACACACAUCGUCAGCGGCAACAACCACUCCACCAAGAAGGAGCCUCUCAAAUAAUGGUCCGGACAUCGCUUGAAUGAUGACAUCGUUAAUCUGACUGCUAAGAGAGCAGUAUAUGCUUGUAGGUAAGCAAAGAGAUGGACCUUCAGGUUUCGGUCCUCUUCGGGGGCUUGGUAAUGACUUGAUACUGAGGAUUACUGCGUAACCAUAAUGACCAAAGCCCACUAGCGCAUCAACUUGGGUUCGAACCCGUGACCUCCCAGUUACAAUGCCACUGCUCGACCUCUAAGCCAUCAACGUGAUUAAGAGAGGAUAAUAUAACGCAAUCAGACGUACCUAUACUUUUAAAAUCUAUUCGAGAGAGUGGGUAAUGAGGAUCAAUGCCUUACCAAAGGACAUUAGCGCAUCACUGUGGUUUCGAACCUGGGACUUCUGUGUCACUAGACCCCUACUCUACCACUGAGUCCAGGAUGCGGCGAGUUCGGUAGAGUUCUUGGGCGCUGUUGCUCUCCAUCUUCAAGGAUCUUCUCUGCGGUUUGGCAAGGGUCGAAACGUUUCGCAAGGUGAUCUUCAAAUUACAAAAUGCAAAGAGGAUUCCUUGAUCAAAUUAGCUGUAAUAGCCGCGAUGACGGAGUUGCGGUCGCUAGUUGAAUUAAAGACUUCUUGAAGACGAAUAGAAGAAGACAGCGUAUCGUGAAGCACCAGAUAGCUAGGCUAGAUGGAAUCUGCCUAAUCACUGCAGACUAGGCCUGUAAAAUGAUAACAUUUGAAGAAGCAUAACUGAAUGACAAGGGCCAGGUGCAUUUCUGGCCUAGAUAUGACGUGAAAAGACCCUGAGAUCUCAAUUCGCAACGAAGAUGAAGCAAAAUCAGGGAGAGGUGUUGGACAAAAAUAUGUAAGCAUGACGGA